AUAUAUAUUAAGCUAAAAUAUUACCAUAUUAAGGAGAAGAAAAGAGAAAUGACAGAAGUUGAGUGGUGGGGAAGGGAAAAAAACAAAUGAGUGGGAGUGAACAGAAAAAAGACUUGUUAUACAGCGAGGAAGUGGCAUUUAAGUCACUGUUUUACUGGACUCUGUGUUUGAAGUACAGAAGAUGAAGAUGGAAGCAAGCAUUGUGGUUCUGCUGUGUCUCCUGGCAGCUGCUGCCCAUGCUAAACCUCCCACCGUGACCCUGCAUAGUGACCUGAUCUCCCUGCGCAUCGCUGUCUCACAGACUGCCUCUCUCCAGUGCUGUUACAGCAGCGAAGCAGACUUGAACGUCAACUGGACCUUGACCGUUAUGAUCACCCACAACGACAGCGUGGUCAUGAAUGUCAACCAGACAGAUAAACGAAUGCAUGUCGUCCCAGAAAGUGAGAAUAAUCAGGGCGUUAAAUGCAGUUCUCUGCAGAUUCAAAAUGUCAGUGUUAAAGACAGAGGCCUGUACAGGUGCGCCCUGCACCAUACAAGCUCGAGCUUCUCAGUCCACACGCCCGGCACAUUCCUGCAGGUGUUUGAGCCCAUGGAGAAGGUCCUGGACAUCAGUGAGAGCUGGAAGAACAGUAUCAUCACGGCUGAAGGGGUUCUCCUCUUGUUGUGUGUGCUCAUUCCUGGCACCAUGCUCAUCUUCAAGUCAAAGGGACUGCACGAGCUGGAGAGAAGAAAGGGCAAGGAGGAAGAAAACAUUUAUGAGGGUCUGAAUCUGGAUGAUUGCAACUCUACCUAUCAUCAGAUCCAGCGCUCUCAAGUCCAGGGACCUUACCAUGAUGUCAGCAACGCUGUGGAAGAAGACAUUGAAUUUGAGAAGCCCUGAAUGUGUGACAGUGGGGAGGCUGAUAAAGUAAUAAGAGCAGUUUAGAUGUCUAGGGAAUACCAUAUUUUAAUAAAAGAGUUUAAGAGGAAAGAUACAGAAGGUUUUUCAUAUCUGUGUUAAUAGACUGUUUUUGUGCGUUUUCACAUUUACAGCUCUGAAAAAAAAUAAGAUACCACUUAAAAAUUAUGAGUUUCUUUCAUUUUACCAAAUUAAAAAACCUUUGGAAUAUAAUCAAGAGGAAGAUGGAGGAUCACAAGCCAUCAAAUCAAGAUGAACUGCUUGAAUUUUUGCACCAGGACUAAAGGCAUAAAGUUAUCCAAAAGCAGUGUGUAAGACUGGUGGAGGAGAAUAUGCUAAAAUGCAUGAAAACUGUAAUUAAAAACCAUGGUUAUUCCACCAAAUAUUGGUUUCUGAACUCUUAAAACGUUAUGAGUAUGAACUUGUUUUCUUUGCAUUAUUUGAGUUCUGAAAGCUCUUCAUCUUUUGUGUUGUUUCAGCGAUUUCUCAUUUUCUGCAAAUAAAUGCUCAAAAUGACAAUAUUCUUAUUAGGAAUUUAGGAGAAAUGUUGUUCGUAGUUUAUUAUAAAAUAUUCAUUUUACUGAAACAUAUACCUAUAAAUAGCAAAAGCAGAGAAACUGAUUCAGAAACUGAAGUGGUCUCUUAAUGUUUUCCAGAGCUGUAUGUAUAUUGUGUUUGUACCGGGGGCAUUUAUCAGUUAGCCAGAUAAUGUACACAUUCAGAACUGUGAUGUAUGUAGAAUAUGAUAAACUUUUUUAGCCAUGAAUGUGAUUAGAACCUGAGUACAGUGAUUUGGGUGGGUGAACAAAUACUUUUGGCGAUACAGUGUAUAUUAGAUGACUAUUAAAACCAGGAAAAAAACAUAAAAGGGCCCUGGCCUGGAGGGUUACUGAGUCA